AUGGAUCAUCAGUUUCUUAGUACAUUGCAGGAGACACUGCAGAAAACUACUAUUCCAGAUUCUGCAGUCAUUAAAGCGGCUACUAAAAGAUUGCAGACCGAAUUUUAUACCAACCCGCUAGCUCUACCAGCUUUGAUCCACACUUUACAAAAUCAUAAUGAUAAGCAAAUAAGACAGCUAGCCGCUGUAGAAGGCCGCAAGUUGGUACAUAUUCAAUGGGGUAAAGUUGAAGAGUCUCUGAAACAACAGGUUCGUGACUCAAUAGUUGCAAGCACUUUCCACGAGAAAGAUAAAAACAUUAGGCAUUCGUCGGCUCGAGUCAUUGCAUCUAUUGCUUCGUUUGAUUUUGCUGAAAACAAGUGGACUGACCUACUUGCUAAACUGGUUUCAGUAGCUAAUAGCAGUGACGAAUCUCAAAAGGUUAUUGCACUAUUUAUCUUGUAUUGUAUCCUGGAGUUAAAUAUUCCCGAGCUAGCCCCAAGUACAAAAGACUUCUUAAAUUUGUUCCAAGACAAUAUUGGUCCUCACAAUUCAGUUGAAGUUAGGGUUAUCUCACUGCUAGCUCUUGACUGUAUUGGUCUUUACUUGGACGAAUCUGACAGCAUUGAUGCCCAGGCAGCCGCUCAAUUCAAAUCGGUAUUUCCAGCUAUGGUUGAAGUCCUGAAAUCUGUGUUAGAAAUUAAUGACAUAGAAAACGCCAAAAAGGUUUUUGAUGUGAUUAAUGAUUUCAUACUUUUGGACGAUUCCCUUUUUGGAGAUAAUGUCUACUAUGCAAUCGAUAUGGCUAGAGAGAUUGCCUCCAACAUCCAUAUUGACGAGGAAGUUAGAGUUUAUGCUCUGUCUACUCUUAGCUCUGUAUUGUCACACAGGAAGUCCAAAGUGUCUUCAAAGAAGCUUGGUACAGAUCUCACCAUUAUGUGCUUGCAAAUUGCGUCCGAAGAAAUAGAUGAAGAAGAGGAACUUGACAACGAAGAUCUCGAAAAUGAGAAUGAAGAGAGCAGCCCGAAUACUGUAGCUCUUAGCCUGAUCUCCAUGUUAUCCCAAGAGAUGCCUCCGAGCCAAAUUAUUGCUCCAUUGUUGGAAGCUCUGUCACAAGGCCUUGCAUCUCCUAACAAGUUUGAAAGAAGAGGUGUUAUCCUAUCAUUGGGAAUUGCUAGUCCCGGUGCUCCAGACUAUAUCUUAACACAUUUAACUAAAAUACUAGAAGGAAUUGUCUCUUCAUUGCAGGACCCGGAGUUGAUUGUUCAGGCUGCUGCAUUAAAGGUUUUAGACUCGUUAACUUCAGAGCUUCAUGAGCACGUAGCUGAGCACUAUGAGAAACUGCUUCCACUUAUCAUAUCCAUUAUUGACUCAGCCACAAAACUUUCCGUUUACAAAUAUGCUACCGGUGCUUUGGACAGACUGAUAGAAUACAUGGAACAUGACGCCAUUGCGAAGUAUUUAGACCCUUUGAUGAAUAAACUAUUCCACAUGCUUGAUUCUGCUACUACAAUUUCAUUGAAAUCCGCAAUUGUUUCAGCUAUUGGUUCUGCUGCUUUUGCCUCAGGAAAGAGUUUCAUACCCUACUUUGACAGCUCAAUUCGUUACUUGGAAAAGUACUUAUCUCAAAAUGUCAAAGUCGAGGAGAUGUCUGCUCAAGAAAUUGAACUAAAAGCAUUAACGUUUGAAAACAUUUCAACAAUGGCCAGGGCUGUAGGGUCAGAACCUUUUUCAAAGUAUGCGAAGCCACUUAUUGAUGCUUCAUACCAGUCACUUAGCACACAAAGCGAGCGUUUGAGAGAGUCUGGAUUCGCAUUUAUUUCUAAUAUGGCAAAAGUAUAUGGUGCUGAGUUUUCCGGGUUUCUAGAUACUAUAGUUCCUGAGAUAUUCAAGUCGUUGCAGCAGGAAGAGUUUCAGUUCAAUAUUGAAGAGGAUGAUGAGGGACUAAUAGACGAUGAUAUUGAUUUGGAGAGCAAGUUUAAUAUUCACAGUGGUAUCACCAUUGAAAAAGAGAUUGCAGCUAUUGCACUCGCACAAUUGGCCGAGGGAACCAAGAAGAACUUUGCCCCUUACGUUAAACCAUCGUUAGAGAUUCUCGUCGAGCAGAUUGAAGCCAGUUAUGGAAUGAGAGAAACUGCUGUAAGUAGUUUAUGGAGAAUUGUCAUUGCAAUGUAUCAAACCAGCGACCAUAUGGAGUAUCAGAUAGGUGUUCCAGCUUCUUCCUAUGUUUCUGAAGAAGUUCUUUCAAUCAUCAAGACCGCUCGAGAUGCUUCAAUUACUCAAUUGGUUACCGAAUUUGAGCUGAAUAUGGUGAUCUCCAUACUUGAUUGUUUUAGCGAAGCUUUGGAAAAAGCAGGCCCAGUAGUGAUCAUUGAUAAUGGUAAUUCCUCAGACUUGGAGAAGCUAUGCAUAGAGCUAAUGAAACUUCUGAAGUCAGAGCACAACUGUCAAUUAGAUGGUCUCGAAGAGACGGCUGAAGAGGAAGUAGAUGGGUCCGAGUCUGAAAAUCUUAUAUUUGAUUCUGCUUUGGAGGUCUUAGUGAGCUUGUCUAAAACUUUAGGUGCAGAUUUUUUGAAGAUACUCUCCUCCUUCAAAGAUACCAUUAUACAGAACUGUUCGUCCCAGUCCCGAUUCCGAAGGAUCAGUGCCAUAGGUGCUUUGGCUGAUAUCUCUUCCAAUUUGAAGGCAGCUAACCCUUACACGGAGGAGUUUUUAAACACUUUUACUGAAAAACUUCAAAACGACAAGUCCUUAGAAGUUCGUGGGAAUGCAGCUUAUGGUAUUGGUUCCGUCAUCGAGAGUUCUGCAUUAGAUCUUUCGGACGCCUACCCCCAUUUGCUUUCUCUGUUGAACCAACUGCUGGACAAGGCCGAUAGAAGGUCUCUGAAAACUGAGGAAGGUGACGAUGAAACUAGGGACGUUAUCAGAAGAGCCUUUGCUAACGCUUGCGGCUGUGUAUCUCGUAUGGGUUUGAAAUCACCGGACAAUUUGCCUUUGGAAAAGAUUCUGCCCGUCUUAUUGGAUCAUUUACCUCUUACUACUGCGUUUGAGGAAAACGUCCCAAUUUUUAACUUUAUCAUGUUCUUGUUUCAACAAAAUAAUCAGCUAGUACUUCGACAAAUACCAAAAAUUGUUGAAGUGUUUGAAUUUGCUUUUGUCAAGGAGGUUGAGCGAACCAAGCUUAUAGAAGAGGCGACACUUGGUAGAAAUGAGGACAUUGAUAGAUCCAAACAGUUUCAUCAAGAAGGGUUGAAAGAAAAUGUCAUCGGAUUCUUAAAACAAUUGGAAUCUUCCUAUCCCAGCUCUGUGUCCUCAAGCGACGUUUUGAAGAAUGUGAUUUCUUGA